GGAGUUAAUCGUGAUCCCCUGCUACUAGACACGGAAGCCUGUUAAGCGAAAGCUUCUUUUAUUCCGUCCACAACCAUUUGAACCAUUUGAAGAGCGCCUAACACAACAUUGCCGCCACCGUUAGCAUAAUGUCUGAAUUCGACUUAACAAAGAAGAUAAGUAGUUUUCUAGAUAAACACUUAACUUUACCACUGCUGGAAUACAUAUGUGUCAAAAAUAUAUAUGAUGAAAAAAGCAUUCUGAAGACCAAAUGGGAGGUUCUCUUGGGGACUUCUAUGGUUGAUUAUGCCGCAGAUACUUAUAGAAGUAUAUACGAAACAGAGCCUCCAAAAGGAUUACUUGACAAGAGAGAAAAAGUCUUAGAGAGUAUUCAAGAAACGGAGGUUAAGUUAAAACCAGUGAAGGUAAUAUUUAGUCAAGAAACAAUGAAAGAAGUUGCCCAAUGUAAAAACGCCAAAGAUCUGUUGACUAGUUUGGAAACUAAAUACAACUUCAAGACAGAGAUGCUUAACGAUAUGUUUGAUGCUGCACGCGUAUUUUAUGAUGCCGGAAAUUACAACUUAUCAUCUGAAUAUUUAAAAAUAGUCCGCCAGCUUGUAACCCCUGGGACACAAAGACAUUUGGAUGCCAGUUGGGGCCGCCUAGCCAGUGAAAUUUUAGUCCAAAACUGGGAUGAAGCGUUGGAAGAUUUAGAAAAGUUGAAGGAUGCUAUAGAUUGUCAAAAUGAAGAUAGACCUGCAUCUCGUACAUAUUUAAUACAACUACAACAGCGUACAUGGAUGUUACACUGGUCACUUUUUGUUUUUUUCAAUCAUCCCCAGGGCAAAGAAAAAUUAAUUGAAUGGUUUAUGCAAAAUACAACACAUUUGAACGCUAUUCAGACGUUGGCGCCACAUUUAUUGCGUUACCUUACUGUGUGCGUAAUCACUAGUACUGAUAAAAAGAAAAAGAAUCUUAUACGAGAUUUAAAAUAUCUUAUUCAACAGGAAAGUUAUUCUUAUCGUGAUCCAGUUACUGAAUUCUUUGAGUGUUUAUUUGUGAAAUUCGAUUUCGAUGGAGCUCAACAAAAACUUCGAGUUUGUGAAACUGUUUUACCAAAUGAUUUCUUCUUAACUGGAUGUUAUGAUGAAUUUAUGGAGAAUGCUCGUUUACUUAUGUUUGAAUCAUUUUGUCGAAUACAUCAUAGUGUUGGAAUAAGUGUACUUGCUGAAAAGUUGAAUAUGGAUGUGGAUGAUGCGGAAAAAUGGAUUGUAAAUUUAAUACGCAACGCUCGUAUGGAUGCGAAGAUAGAUUCACAAAAGGGUGUUAUUGUAAUGGGAACACAGAAUGUUUCACCGUAUCAACAAGUUAUUGAACGAACUAAGAGUAGUGGAACAUGUGCUCAUAAACUAUUGGAAAGAUUGCGUUGGGAGAAAUCAAUCGAUACAGAACUGUGGACCUCUUCAAAUCUGCACGUCUAUUGAUUUGAUGCAUUGUUGUUCAGAAGAAAAAAUUGUUUCUUUUUUCUAUUGAUGAAUUUCUUUUCUGAACACUAUGAAGUAAUAAUUAUUAUCACUGAUAAGUAUAUCCAUUCAAUUGACAUAUGUGUACUGGUGUAUCAUAUACUACCUACUGUUGUUUGUUUGUGUUUGACUACUGAGAUUCAUUUUGGGAAUAUCGUUUAGAUAAUUCGAAUCUCUUUAUGUAUAUGUAAAUGAAAUUGAUAUAACACAUUGAUUAUGUAAGAAAUGAUUGGUUUUCUUCUAUUUCUUGACAUUUUUAUGAUACACUAUUGUUUACAAUUUGGUAAUGGAUUUUCUGUCAUCAAUAAUUGGUUUCCUACUUUUUUUUUGGAAGGGAGUUAUUAUGGAGAGAUGAUAAAUGAUUUUAGGUCAUAUUUAAAUUCCUCAUAAAAAUCCAACUGUUUAUUAAUAAUAUUGUAAUUAAGUCAUACUACAUUUCGUCAUUUGAAUUAUCGUUAUUUAAAGUGGAUCAAUCAGUCAUAAACUAUGUAAUACAUCAUAUAAGUGUACAUGUCUAUGUAAUUAAGUCCGAUUAACAAUAAUCUGACAUCAGAAUGUUUAGUAAGGCAAGUGAAAGAACUAAAAGAAAUUGGGAAAGGAGGGUGAUGGUUAUAUAUACUGUAAAGACGUGCUUCAGCUGGAACUAUUUACUUACUUACUUAUGCCUGUUACCCCUCAUGAAGGAGUAUACGCCGUUCAACAGCAUUCUCCAUUCGACUCCAUCCUGUGCUCUCUUUCCUAGUUGUUUCUACAUUAUAUUCAUUCUAUACAUGUCUACUUCCGAUUCCUGACGUACUAUGUACUAUGUCCCCUGGCAUUCCUCUUUUCCAUUUCCCUUCAGGAUUCCAAGUUAGCGCUCACCUAGUGAUGCAGUUUGAUGAUUUCCACAAUGUAUAUCCUAUCCACUUCCAUCGUCUUUUCCUAAUUUCCUGCUCAGAUUGAAGCUGGUUUGUUCUCUCUCACAGUAGAGCGUUGCUGAUAGUAUUUGGUCAACGGACAUUGAGUAUAUUGCGUAGAUAAUUGUUUAUAAAUGUUUGUACGUUUUUGAUGAUGGUUGUGAUAGUUCUCGAAGUUUCAACUCUGUACAGUAGAACUGUGUUGAUGUUCGUAUUAAAGAUUGUGACUUUGAUAUUGGUUGAUAGUUGUUUUGAGUUCCAUAUGUUCUUUAACUAUGGGAAUGCUGCCCUCAUUUGUCCACUCUUUGCUUUUAUGUCUUCAUCGGAUCCUCCUUGUUCAUCGAUGAUUAUUAUUAUUAUUAUUAUUAUUAUUAUUAUAAGCUUUAUUCAAUAUUAUAUUUUUGGUACAAUAUAGAAUUCUCAGCGCAAAGUAUUUCAACAAGUUUCCGUUUCUUUCUUCUUGGUCGGUCCUGGCGAUAAAUAUUGAGUGAUCGCCAGUUAGAUGUUAGCAGUCCAGUAAAUGAACAUCUGAAUAAUGUGCAUUCCUUCAGUUGUAUAUUGCCACCAACCACAUUGUCUCUUAUUGAGCUUUUUGUAACUUUGACAACAAAAGGUUGUACACUCUUCAGAAACGCAGCAGAAUAGGUUAUGCAAUUAAUAAACAUAAUGAUAUAUUAAAACAAACAAAAAGAGAUAACUUGUUGAAAUAUCUAGAUGUCAGGAACAGGUAGCCCAGACGCUCAAGCUGGCCGCCCUUUAUGGUAAUGUCCAGCUCCGUGAAUGUUUCCAUCUCUUCCAGAGUUUCUCAAUCGAAUGUGAUUGGGUUGGUGUUCUCCGUGUUAUAUUUGAAGAUCUUGCUAUUUCCCUUGUGUAUGUCGAGGUUUACUUAUGCAAGGGCUUCUGCUACACUGGUCGUCUUCAUCUGCAUUGGUUGUUGUAUAUAAGAUAGAAGAGCUAGGUGAUCUGUGAAGUCCAAAUCAUCUAGUUUUAGGCAAGCUGUCCAUUGUAUUCAGUGAUUCCUGUGAUAUUUGGAGGUUUUCAUAAUCCAGUCAAGUAUCAGAAGAAAGAGAAAGAGGUAGAGUAUUCGUCCUGGUCAGAAUCUGGUCCUCACUUGGAAUGCGUCUCUAAGUUGUCCUCCAUUCACGUCUUUGCACUGUAGUCCGUCGUAUGAACUCCGUAUGAUGUUGACGAUUUUCUCAGGUACACCAUAGUGUCGAAGAAAGUUUCAUGAGUUUCUCCUAUCUACAUUGUCAAAAGCUUUCUCAUAGAUAGGUGGUUGUAUGUGCAUUACUAUGACGGUUUUUAACUCGUUUCACCUUACAUCUCCACAGGUAAUUGGCAAUUAUACAAAUUAGUCCGGUGAUAGGUCUGAAUCUAUCCAUAUGGGUUAGAACUAUUGGCAAUCACUUCAUGAACUGAUAUAAUAUUUUUGCUUAAUCGAAUCUACCAACUUCUAUGGUUUUCUAUAUUGUAUAUGAAGUUAGUUGGUAUCUAAGAAUGGCUUAUACACGGAACUCAUCUAUUCCAGUCGAAGGUUCACGUUCUUAUCAUUUCUAACUAAAAUCAUGUACGUAACUUCGGCAUCACGCUAUCAGUAGUACAAAGAUAUGUAUGAUCGAGUACUUGCUACAGAACACACCAAAAGAUGCAAACGGACGACUGAAGGCUACGUAUUAUAUAAAUACUUUGUAACUUGUCGCAGUUAGUAUAUAUUUCUAUCUAUUGUUGUGCUUUACUGUAUAACCGAGUUAUUCGGAACAACGUUAGGUGUGUAUUUCUGUAAUCAAGAGAACUGCUCAGCAAUUAACUUUAUCACGAAAAAUAUGAAUUAAAUAAUAAACAACUACGCACGUUUUGCUUAACAUAUAUAGUGAUGUUUUUUGAUUUAUUCUUAGAAAGUAAGCAAAUUAUACAGAUGUUUCAAAUCUAACUAGACAAGAUAUACAGUAGCUUUUCAAGUGUUUAGCCCCUAAAUGCCCUGGUACGAUCGAGGGUUGGAAGAGUCCUCUCUUUCUGAGGAAAACAAGAAAAACAAUUGGUUAAUCACUGGGUGGUGAUCAGUGUCAUAUGUGUCCGGUCCUUCUUAGUGCAGGUCGAAUGCUAUCAAAACAGUUGCAAUAUGGCCACUAGUUUAGAUGACUCGACAUUGCGUGCACCAUGUUGAGGUAAGAUGGUGGUUGAAGUUAGUCAACAGGAAACUGUGGAUACGGGUUUCGUGCUAUUUGGCAUUCGUCAGGAAUUUUUACUUGUAAUCUUGAGGGAACUAGUGAUCCCUGAGGCAUUCGAUCUGGCGUCACCCAGUUUCACAGUCAGAGACGUUACCACUGGACUAUCCGAGCCGCUAUCGUCCUCCUGUAAGACAGAUGUAUUCACAAUUGAUUGAUCACUGGGUCGUGAUCAUUGUCAGGUCUUUUUUAGUGCAGACCGAAUACUAGCAACCAAGUUGCAAUAUGGCCACUAAUCUAGGUGACUCGACAUUGCGUGCACUAUAUUGACAUAAGAUAAUGGUUGGAGGUAGUCAAUAGGGAACUGGGUGACACGAGACCUCUUCCGUCAGGGAGCAUCAAUCCUCUCAAGAUUACAGAUACACCCUACUGAUGAGUGCCAAAUAUCACGAAACUCGGGUUUAAGGUUUCCUGUUAAUUAUCUCCAACCACCAUCUUAAACAUAAAUACUACACAGAGUAAUCAUUAUAUUGAAUUAAUAAACGGAAGUAAUGUUGACCAAAUAUCAUAAUGAGUACAAAAAUGUAAUUUGGCCUGUUUUUUCCUGUCCCCUCCCCAUCAUAUCAGAGAAAAUUCUAAAAAAAAUAUUUUGUUAAACUUAAUGGGCUAAAAUCUGUAGAUUUAUUU